AUGAGUGUAGUUAAGAUUGAUAAUGAGGAAUUACUUGCUCAACUAAAUGAGCAACUAAAUGACAAACUUGAUAAUAAUCUAUGGAAUGGAAAUACACUUGAUAUUGAAGCUGGGCAAUGGAAAAUAACUCUUGAUCGUCAUCAUAUUUAUACUCGAAUGUAUGCAAGUUUUGUCAAUUUAAAUCAUUUCCAUUUUACAAUUCAUCAUCGUCAUGAACAUUUCCUUCAUUUAAAGGAGUUUAUUCAUAGUUUAAAGGAAACUAAAUUAAAAUUAGAUGAUCCAACAUUUAACGAUAAAUAUGUAACUAAAUCGAAUGAUAAUAAUAAAUUAAUUGAAUUAUUAGAUGAUCCAACAAUUCGUCUUCUUCUAAUGGCUGAACAUAAAAUACAUGUAAAUGUACGCCAAAGUAAUGAGCAUUAUUUAUUUCACCAUAGUGAUGAUAAUGAUAAUUCAAAAUUAUCAACAAAUGUUAGUGAAUUACAUUUAAACAUAUUUCACUUUGUUAAAGAUAUUGAUCAGUUAAAAGAAUUAUUCUAUUUAUUUGUUGCGAUAUUAGAACGUCUGCAACAAAUUGGCGAAAUAGAUGCAAAUGAUUAG